AUGACAAGCUCAGCAUGUCAGCAUCAUGCUUCGUCAUUAUUCAACGGUCCCAAACGACUACACGCCCAUCCCCUUUAUGAUAUUACUGCAACACAGUGUCGCAGAGGACACAUGGCCUCAUGUGCCAUGUUCAGGUAUGGCAGCCUCAAGCCCUUCUACAAGACCUCGAAGCACGCCUAG